AUUUUCUAGGUUCCUACAGCUCUGUGUAUGGUUGUAGCGUCUGAUUACACUACAAAAUGUAAUUCUCCUUUUGCCCUAAAACAGUAAGAAUAAUUAGCCUUUAAUCAAACCUGAUAAUCUCAGGCGUGGAAGUAGAUGACAAAUAUUAUACACAACUCGUGUAUACUUAACAUUAACGUAAAGUGAGAUAACUGCAGGCAUUUGUUUCUAAGGUGCUGGAAGGAAGAACAGCAUAAAACUAAAAAUAUUUGGUUCACUUGUUAGUAGAUGAUUUAAAGACGCGUCAAACUGAGACAAACAUUUGUUUUUAUUUCUUUGUGAACAUGGGUUAAACAGGCCUAUAUUUUCAAUUUGAUCAGUGGAGAAAGACAAAGAAAUUCUCAUUUUUGUCAUCUAGAAAUGAAACUCUUUAGUCAUAUGUGAAUACACCUGUAAUGUACAAAAAUUGCAAUUUGGGUCUUAAAGGAUAAUUGCAGCUUAACAUUCAUGCAAAAACAGCAAACUGAACUGCAUCAAAUGAGAGAGAGUGGUGGAGGUGCUGAGAGGCAUUAAAAAUGAGUUUAUGCAAUAUGACAGUCACAUCAACAGCCCUGUUUUUGGUGUUCUUUUUUAACCACUUAAGGGUUUUUCAUGCGAAAAUCUAAUGUGUAACACGUGCAAAUCAGUAAGUAGGUCGUACUUCUCUCCGCUGCCACAGUACCAAGUUGUUUCAUGUGCUUCCAUUUUCAAGCUCCAUCUGAAUUCACUCUAUAAGACAGAGCGUUGACUCCACUUCACCCAUUUCCCUUUUGACCACCAUACAGUGCCUCAACACAUCUCUUACCUCUCUUCCCAUUCUCUCCAUCUUGCCCUCUCUCUUUCUCUGUCUCUCUCUCUCUCCAUCGCUCCUCUUUUUUUCCCAUUCGCAGAAGCAAUUGUUUUCUCUUGCAUCCUAUCCCCAUAGUUUCAAUUUCAGCUUGUUCAUCAAUUGUAUUGGAUCUUAUCUUAUGUCUCCCCAUUCACUCUCUCUCUCCAUCUCUCGGUCUCUCUCUCUCUUCCAUUCUCCCUCUCUCUCUCUUUCUCUCAUCUUGGAGACAGUAGUGUGCAUGCAGCCUCAAAUCUAAGCCGCUGCCUGUCAGGCUGCUCCGUUUAUGCACUCUGCGCUGCGCUGCUCUCCUUUCCUUUCCGUCCUCUCCCCUUUGCGCUAUACUGCGCUGCUCGUCUCUCCUCUCCUCACCUCACAUCUCCAUCUCUCCUCCUCUUUCUCUCUUCUUUCUCUUUCUCUACCUGCAUCCCUCUCACACUACGCGCUCUUAUCUCUGUUGUGCAUUGCUGUGCUCUGCUCCAUUGUUUGGGAAAAUACUGUACACUCUGGGUUUUUUCGCGCCAGAGCUGAGUACACUCUGGCUACUGGUGGAAGAGGAUUUAGAUGCCCCUGGUGCUCCAGGUUUGGCUUGCCUCGGACUCUUUGGAUCUGUGUGGGCCCGAGAGAAAGAGAGGAGAGGGAGGAAGGGGAGAGUGGGCAGAGAGCUGCCCAGGUAAGCUUCACCUUCUUGGGGAAGUAAAGGCUUCAAGGUGGUGGCAGUGUUGGUGGCGGUAGUGGUUGAUGGUUGCCCGUCGAGGGUCAUGCCCUGGGACUUGGUGCUUUUUGGCAGUUGGAGUUGGAGACCCUCUCCCAUUUUUGCCCCCCUAGUGGGGCAGCAUUGAUCCUGGUGCCGGGAAAAGCUGCCGGGCACCAGUGGCCACACCGUGAAGAGUGGGCACCAUGAACCAGCUGGAUGCACCACGGCCACUCAACUGGACCAUCAGAAAACUGUGCCAUGCAGCCUUCCUGCCAUCUGUACGCCUGCUAAAGGCACAGAAAUCGUGGAUAGAAAGAGCGUUCAGCAAGAGAGAAUGUGUUCAUAUCAUAGUGAGCGGCAAAGACCCCCAUAGGUGCUGUUGUGGUCGUCUGAUAGGUCAGCAUGUGGGCCUGCCCCCGGGCAUCUCCUCCAGUCAGAAUGAUAAGGCAGAGCGUUUGGCCAAGAAUGACAGCCUGUCGGAGAAGUGGUCGAUCAGCAAACACACACAGCUCAGCCCCACUGAUGCCUUCGGCACCAUUGAGUUCCAGGGAGGAGGACAUUCCAACAAAGCCAUGUACGUGCGAGUGUCUUAUGACACCAAGCCUGACCUGCUCCUCCACCUGAUGACCAAGGAGUGGCAGCUGGAUCUGCCCAAGCUGCUCAUCUCAGUCCACGGGGGCCUGCAGAACUUUGAAUUACAGCCCAAACUCAAACAGGUCUUUGGCAAAGGGCUCAUCAAGGCUGCCAUGACAACGGGAGCCUGGAUCUUCACCGGAGGGGUCAACACAGGGGUGAUUCGCCAUGUGGGUGAUGCACUGAAAGACCACGCCUCCAAGUCAAGGGGGAAGAUCUGCACCAUUGGCAUUGCUCCCUGGGGCAUCGUAGAAAAUCAAGAGGAUCUUGUUGGCAAAGAUGUGGUGCGUCCAUACCAGACCAUGUCCAACCCUAUGAGCAAGUUGACGGUUCUCAACAGUCUCCACUCCCACUUCAUUCUGGCAGACAAUGGCACCACGGGAAAGUACGGCGCUGAGGUCAAACUGAGACGCCAGCUAGAGAAACACAUCUCCCUGCAGAAGAUCAACACACGUAUUGGUCAGGGUGUGCCGGUGGUGGCUCUGAUCGUAGAGGGAGGCCCGAAUGUGAUCUCCAUUGUACUGGAGUACCUCAGGGACACACCUCCCGUCCCUGUGGUGGUGUGUGACGGCAGCGGCAGGGCCUCUGACAUCUUGGCCUUCGGACACAAAUACUCUGAGGAGGGAGGCAUAAUUAAUGAGUCUCUAAGAGACCAGUUGCUGGUGACCAUCCAGAAGACUUUCACCUACAGCCGCACACAGGCCCAACAUCUGUUCAUCAUUCUCAUGGAGUGCAUGAAGAAGAAGGAGCUGAUAACAGUUUUUCGGAUGGGGUCGGAGGGUCAUCAGGACAUUGACCUUGCCAUCCUCACUGCAUUACUCAAAGGUGCCAACGCUUCAGCUCCCGACCAGCUGAGUUUGGCUCUGGCAUGGAACAGAGUGGACAUCGCCCGCAGUCAGAUCUUCAUCUACGGACAGCAGUGGCCUGUCGGUUCCCUGGAGCAGGCAAUGCUAGAUGCCUUAGUUCUGGACAGAGUGGACUUUGUCAAGCUGCUGAUUGAAAAUGGAGUUAGUAUGCACCGUUUCCUCACGCUUUCCAGACUGGAGGAGCUCUACAACACGAGACAUGGACCGUCCAACACGCUGUACCACCUUGUCAGAGACGUCAAAAAGCAAGAAUAUCCAGGGUUCGGUUGGAUCUACUUCAAGGGAAACCUGCCCCCAGACUACCGCAUCAGCCUCAUCGACAUUGGACUGGUCAUUGAAUACCUCAUGGGCGGGGCAUAUCGGUGUAACUACACCAGGAAGAGAUUCAGAACGCUAUACCACAACCUCUUUGGACCCAAGAGGCCCAAAGCCCUGAAACUGCUGGGGAUGGAGGAUGACAUGCCCAUCCGCAGAGGCCGCCAGAAGACGACGCGUAAACGAGAGGAAGAAGUGGACAUCGAUUUGGACGACCCUGAAAUCAACCACUUCCCUUUCCCCUUCCAUGAGCUUAUGGUGUGGGCUGUGCUUAUGAAACGUCAGAAGAUGGCAUUGUUCUUUUGGCAGCAUGGCGAAGAGGCCAUGGCCAAGGCCUUGGUAGCAUGUAAGCUUUGUAAGGCCAUGGCACACGAAGCCUCCGAGAACGAUAUGGUGGAUGACAUCUCCCAGGAACUAAACCACAACUCCAGAGAGUUUGCCCAGCUGGCAGUGGAACUCCUAGACCAGUCCUAUAAACAGGACGAGCAGAUGGCCAUGAAGCUGUUGACUUACGAGCUGAAGAACUGGAGCAACGCCACCUGCCUGCAGCUGGCGGUAGCGGCCAAACACAGAGAUUUCAUAGCUCACACCUGCAGUCAGAUGCUGCUAACCGAUAUGUGGAUGGGACGCCUGCGGAUGCGCAAGAACUCAGGCCUGAAGGUAAUCUUAGGGCUGCUUCUCCCACCGUCCAUCCUGAGUCUGGAGUUCAAGAACAAGGAUGAGAUGUCCUACAUGCCCCAGGAUCAGGAGGCCUACCUGCAGGAGAAGGAGGAGGAGGAGCCUGAGAAACCAGUCAAGGAGAAGGAGGAGGAAGACAUGGAGUUCACAGCAAUGCUGGGUAAGGUAACCACAGAGACAUCCAGAAAGAAGGAUGUUGAGGAGGUUCAAAACCGCCACCGCCUCAUCCCCAUGGGACGCAAGAUAUACGAGUUCUACAACGCUCCAAUUGUCAAGUUCUGGUUUCAUACGAUGGCAUACGUGGCCUACCUGAUGUUGUUCAACUACAUUGUACUGGUCAAGAUGGACCUGUGGCCCUCUCCUCAAGAGUGGAUCGUCAUCGCUUACAUCUUUACCAACGGCAUUGAGAAGAUGAGAGAGAUCCUGAUGUCAGAGCCGGGGAAAUUGUUACAGAAGGUGAAGGUGUGGCUUCAGGAGUACUGGAACAUCACAGACCUCAUGGCCAUCCUCAUAUUCUCCGUCGGCAUGGUCCUGCGUCUCCAGGAGCCACCUCUCAUGAGCUACGGGCGGGUCAUCUACUGUGUCAACAUUAUCUAUUGGUACAUCCGGCUGCUGGACAUAUUUGGGGUCAACAAGUACCUUGGUCCCUAUGUGAUGAUGAUUGGCAAGAUGAUGAUCGACAUGAUGUAUUUUGUGAUCAUCAUGUUGGUGGUGCUGAUGAGUUUUGGGGUGGCGCGUCAGGCCAUCCUAAACCCUAAUGAAGACCCGUCCUGGAUGCUAGCUAGGAACAUCUUCUUCAUGCCUUACUGGAUGAUCUACGGAGAGGUGUUUGCCGACCAGAUUGACCAUAAGCAUAGUAGGAAGUUACAGCACAGGCUGAAUGAAAAACUCUGGCUGGUCGAAAAUUACUUACGAACUCACGGAAGCUGGCGUAGUAAUGGUCCAUUCCACAUUUCCCAGUGCAGUCAAAAUCCCACCCCCUGCGGGCAGAACAUUACUACAGAGGAUGGGGGGGUGGUGGCCCUGCCUGCCUGUAAAACGGGUGCCUGGAUUGUCCCUGCCAUCAUGGCCUGCUAUCUACUGGUGGCCAACAUACUGCUGGUCAACUUACUCAUAGCUGUGUUCAAUAAUACAUUCUUCGAGGUGAAGUCCAUCUCCAACCAGGUUUGGAAGUUCCAGCGCUAUCAGCUCAUUAUGACCUUCCAUGAACGCCCUGUCCUUCCUCCACCCCUCAUCAUCUUCAGUCACAUAACUAUGGUCCUCAAGCAUCUGUGUUGUCGCUGGCGCAAGCAGGAUGACGACGAGAGGGACUAUGGACUGAAACUCUUCAUCACAGAGGAUGAGCUGAAGAAAGUCCAUGACUUUGAGGAGCAAUGCAUAGAAGAGUACUUCAGAGAGAAAGAUGACCGAUUCCACUCCUCUAACGAUGAGAGGAUUAGAGUCACUUCGGAAAGGGUGGAGAAUAUGGCAAUGCGUCUGGAGGAAGUCAAUGAAAGGGAACACUUCAUGAAAGCCUCACUGCAGACUGUUGACAUUCGUCUGGCCCAAAUGGAGGAGCUGAUUGGACGAAUUGCCGUAGCACUGGAGCGCGUGACAGGUGUUGAGCGUGGUGAGGUCAACAAAGUACGUUCCCGGACUUCAUCUGACUGCACAGACUCAGCAUACAUGCUCCGCCAGGGUGAAUGCCCAGAGGCAGCAUACAUCCUCCGUCAAAGCAGCUUUAACAGCACAGAAGGGAAUGCCUACCGCCUGCAGGAGGCACUGGAGGGAACAGCUGAGGGCUCCAUGUCCCCUCCUUCUCCUACUGGCAUGGCUACACGGACAAGAAGCCACUCAUUUUAUGUUGGAGGCAGUCGUGGUGGUGAACGUGCAAGUGGAGCUGAACGAGCUGAGAGCUUUUUCAAAGAACGCUCACUCAGUCUCCACCGAGCCAACAGCUCACAAUCAGUGUCCUCAACUGCCGCCCCCAAAGAGUCUAAGCCCCUUCCCCUGGCGACGCUGUCGGUCUCCCAGCAACACCGUCCAUCGUCAUGCAUUGAUAUCUAUGUCUCAACUUCUGAGGAGGUGGGGCCUGCGGAGGUCUUUCUGGAUCAUCUCCGUAUGGUCCCACAGCUCCAGAGAGACUCCUCGCUGCAGUCGGAUAUCAUGGAGACGGUGAUGCCAGGAGGCCGGGACUUCAGCAGCGUUGCCACCAGCGGUAUGGGCGAUAGGCACUCGGAGUGCGGUGCAGGCAGCAGCGGAACAGCUGGAGCCAUAUUUGAUGACAGUGCAGCUGCUGAUUUGUCAUUGUGCUCAGCCCACCUCUUACCAGACACCACUUUACCUCCUUGGGACAUGGAACCAUCCCCACCUCCCUCAGCAGGGCUGCUUGAGCGCUCUAAGAGCAGCCGCUACCUCUCCACAACAGGCACAGCAUUCCUGGAUGAGCCCCCUUUGGUCAAGUCCCACAGCCUCAUGUUCACACCAAGAGGCUGCUACAGUGGACUGGGGGCAGGGGUCCAGGUAAAAGCUGCAGAGUACACCAGCAUCACUGACUGCAUCGAUACACGCUGUGUCUCAGCUCCAUACACUCCUGUAGAACGCUCACAUUCCCCCGGAGGAUCCACGUCAUUCCCCUUUGAUAAGCCCUCAGACAUUGGUUCCUCUCACCCAGAGAGAGAGGCAGAGCUUAGUCACACAGAGUCUGAUCCAGAGGACCCUGAGGACUUGAUUCCGACCCCUGAUACCCCUCGUCUAGGGGGCCUUAGCGGGCCCAGCGGGGCCCCUCUCUGCUCCCCCUUUUCCAGGCUGGAGCGAGCAAACAGCUGCUCCUCAGACGACUCCCAUCCUUCCCUCACACUGGCCCCUCCGCACCGGAAGAGCCUGUCGGUGAGUGAGAGGAUGGAGAGGGGACCAGGUCUGGGGGCAGACAGGGGGCCUGGGCCGGGGGGCCGGGGUCUGGCAGGAACCAGAAAUCCCUUCCUCAGGAGCAAGUCUGGAGCACGGCCUGAAACAGCCAAGACUGACAGCCUCUCCAUGAGGAAGCUGGCGACUCCGUCAGCUUUCCGCAGCUUCGAUAGACAAAACUACACGUGACAAGAACACUGGCCAGCACACUCACACACUGAUAGGACCAGGGAGGAAAACAGAAAGGGCCAAGGGCAAAAGUGAAUGCAGGGUGAAGUUGCCCAUAGAUGCUGAUCUGGACCAGAUCUACAGUUUUUUUUUAACUUACAAAAGGUGAAAAGGUGAUAAAAGUUUAUUCAUAGUCAGUGCUGGAGGGCAACUUUACCUUGGAUCAGGAGUCAGGGGGAGAAGAAUGGGAGAUGUUGGGGUCCUACUGUACACCAGUCAAAAACAAAGAGCUAUGAAUCUAGAGUAGUUUUUACCUCCUCUUGUAGCUAAGUAACUCUCAAUGGGGUGUUAUGGCAAUGGAAGGUGUAUUUGUACUGUAUGUCUUCCACCCACCGCCUUUACGGCAAGUAGACAUCUGUCACUGUGUUACAUCACAUAUCAAUCACGUUAGUCAGAGAAAGUAUACUGUUACUCCUAGCUGCAUUAUAUGGUAGAAACUGUCAAGUCUGAGCGACAAAGAGAGAAGAGAAAGAAAGAAAAAACAGCCACCUCAUUUGUCAUUUUGUCUUAGCAUAGAGUCAUUACUGUCGCAAAACUUUCGCUUUAAAUGCAUUUUCCUCUCUUCAUAUAAUCCUAACUCCACUCUGUAAGAUCCCAGUACUAUCAAACAGAAAGAAGUUAACAUUUCUGCGUGCUUCAUAAAUGAAUCAAGUAAGUGUUUGGAACCAUCUGUAACUAUUUCCCCUCUUGGUUGCACUGGAAAUUAUUGCUGUAACAUGGCAACAACUUACCUCUGGAUACACAAAUACACCUUUCAAAUAAUCGAUAUGUAUCUUUUUUUUAAAGGAAUUUGCCUUUCGUUGUCUUGCGUUUUGUAGCGUAAUUUAUCUACAAACGUUUUUAUUUCUUUUGUCAGUUCAGCUAGAAAAAGAAAGCAGUGUUUGAACUCCAGUCGAAAUGUCAUUACUCUAUCACGUGCCUCCAGUCAUGGCUGUCAAGUGAAACAGUAAAAACUGGGUUUAAUUAGCCACGUGAUAAGAGUGAGAAGCUAAAAGUUAUCAGGAAAAAGUGAGAAAGAAAAUGUGACAUGAAGACUGAGAUUAGGUGACAUCAUCUGGUGUUUUACAAUUCGUGUUCAGGGCAUCACUGAGUCAAGGCAUGUAUCUACAACAGGAAAAUAACAGGAUCGGGAGACAGAAGAGUUUAAUCAAGUGCAUGUUGACAUUCACGUGCAUAUUUUCAUGUCUGCACACACACACACUGUCAGUGAAAUGUUACACAAUACUAGAAAAUAAAGUUUAGUUCAGACCUGAUCGCUGAGAGCUUUAACAAGUGCAAUUGCAAAAAACAGAGGGCACAAUGAGCCUAUUUCAGAAGCAAUGCUUACUGAGUGAACCAGAUGUGAACCUUGUUUGCCUGCACCUGACACCAAAAAUCCUUACACUCAACCAAUCAUUGCUUUCUUGUAGCCCAGCCCUCCUCCUUCAGGUUUUGGCAGUGGCAUUAUGUUGCAAUGGUUUUACAUCCACCUACACCUAAUGGAUCCGUCCUUCUUCUAUUCCAUAACUGUCAUUCAUUUGCUUUUCUCCUUUAUUUUUUUAUUUUAAUUGCAUUCAAAGCCAGCCACUGCAAAAGGAGACUUUAAAAGAAAGCAAUUGCCCGAUGACGAAGCCCAUUAUAAAUCAUAAACAGGUCAAGAAGAGUUCCUAAAGAAAGAGCUAAUUUAUGAAAUUAUUUUUUUUAAAAAGCUUGACAUAAGCAAGUCAAGUAUAUGCAUUAUAGCUAGGAUAUAUAAAGACGUGCAUUUUAAGUGGCAUGGAGGAGGAAACAUGGGGUUAUUAUUAUUCUAAGAUGAAAGCCAGAUCAGAUGAAAGCCAGAUCAGUGUUUUAAAAAAUGUCUAAUUUUUUUAUUCCAAUGGAAAAAGUCUGGUGGGAGGAAGAUGCCCUUCUCUGAUAGCUUUGUAAAGAUAAGAUAAUAAGAAUUCUUACUGAUUUUUUAUGUUUGUUUUAUAUUUCCUCACUAUUACAAUUCAGUUUAAUCAUGUUGCAUUUAUUUUGAGUUUGAUUCUAUUUAUUGACAGUUUCUUGCUCAUUAUUGAUAAUUACAGUAAAUGCCUGUUUGAAUUACGAAAUCAAUAUUUAUAUCUUCUCAGUGAUAUUUUUGUCGAAUUUUAAGUAUUUUCUAAUUAAGCUUUUAAAUUAAAUAAAAGAUGACCAUUGCCAUGCACUAAAUGCUGAUGUAUUAUAUUAUUUAUUAAAUAUAGAAUUGUCUGAUAUACUGUACAUUUCAAUCAUAUUUAAAGUAGUUUUUAUUGUAUGUUUUAUCAAGCAGCUUAUGAGAAUUUUCUAAUGUAUAGUCAAACAUGGCAAUACACAGUUGCCAGUAUACCAAACUUAGGGUGCCUUUUGGGCAUGAAUGGAGUAUGUGGGGACUGAAGUGAUUCUAAAAUCUGUGAAAUUUCUCAUUUUUUGUUUUUUCCCUAAUCAUUAGCCCAAAUAUCUGUGAUUAUUUUCAACAUUUUGAAUACACUCAUAGACCUUUGUUGUUCUCUUUAAACACAUCUGAUGUACAGAGUCGAGGGGAAUGUUGUUAUUAGUAGACUUUAUCAUUGCUUGUAUGGACAUUUAUGUGAAUCCACCAAAACACGUAAAAAGAUCUCAUUGAGAAUCAUAGUUUCAUAGGUGAAGAAAAGAAUCUAUUUGCACAUGAAACUGAGACAUAAGGAUGAGGAUAUAUCAUCACCAUAGGGUUGGUUCUGUUGCAGUAACUCUAUUUAUUGUUUGAACUUUUAUCAUUUGAUUAUCUCUCUGUCACAAUUUGACUUUUGAAACUGUUCAUACGCUAAUCCUGACCCAACCCGGCCUAAACCUUAAAGGGGUUCUUCAGUAACUUAGGUACUGCACCUCCACAAAGUUGGGGGACUUUCUAGAGACAGAUUUGAAUCGAAUUAAUGGUCAGAACUGAAGAAACAGAGGAGGCUGAGAUAUCCCGACCUUUAGUCCCCAGUAUGGGUCAAGAUUCAAAAACACUGGAUCCUACAAUUCCCAUAGUGCAACAUAGCAUAUAUGCAAUAGCAUCUUUUGAUAGACCUUCUCUGACUGUUAAAUGCUCUCAUCUUUCAAACUCCUUGCCCCCAGUUAAUAACGCAGAUUGUCUGUGAAAUAUUUCUCAAUAUAAAUAAUUCUCAAGCCUAACUGAACAUAACCCUGAUGACAUCAUCAGUUUUAUUUUCUCAGACUUCACAAAGCUCCCUUCAGAGCUACAAAAAACAUUAUACAACUGUGUUGAUAGGCUGAAUAGUCCACAAUCGGUGGAUUGCCCCUUUACCCCAGAAAUUCCAACACUAACAUGAAUUGCAUUGUGGACUCAUGCUUAGUAUAUCAUAUAAGUUGGAGAGAUUGGGGACUAACACUUAAAUAUCCAUAAAAUGACAAAUGGGAUGUUGUAGCCCAUCGAUACAAUUUCCUCAACAAAGAUAUAGAUUACAGUAUGUGUUAGAGAGGAAAGGUUGACCCCAAGUCAAUGCUCAGGGACAGCGUCACCCCAGUGAUGCAAGGUAGUAAGUAUAUAAUGGAAUCAUGGUGGAAAGAAAGAUGGAAAUGAAAAAGAAAUAGAGAGAUUUUAAUUUGUAGUCAGCAGAAGGCUUCCAAUAUGAUCACUGUGCUUUAUGAGUCUAACCCAGAGUCCUCGAGGAUUGUGGGGAAAUCUAUAUAUUUUGUGUUUUAUGUCACAGAAAUGGCAAUAGAAUAUGAAUGAAUGUCUUCAUACCUGAUCGACUGACAUUGUUCACCCACAGGAGUUGAAGUUCUUUAUAAUCCAAACAAUAAGAAUUGCGUAUUGUUAGUGAGGGCUUUGGUCACGCAUAGUUGACCCUCACACGCUGAACCAAACCAAACUUUGCCAAACCAAAUGGAAACGAGCUGAGCUGUGCUCUACUGACCUGUUGUCAACACAGCUGUGGUAGACACCAAGCAAAGGUCGUACAGCUCAACUCAGUUUCUCAUGGCUAAAUAUGAAAACAGAAGCUACGGACUGAAAGUUCAGGCCCUCCUGUUUCACCUAUUGUGAUAAGAAAUCAAAUCAAUCAAUCUUCAUCCUUACAGUAAGGAAUAUGAGACAGCAUACAUGUCCGUGGCACUUCUAAACUCGUGUGAACAUGAUUCUAGAAAUGGUUUUGUGAUAUGUUGACAUGGCUGUUGUGGAAGAUAUUGAUGGGAGGUGUGCAUGUGUGUGUGCAUGUGUGUGUGAAUGUGCGUGUACAUUAACUGCGUGUGAACCUGGACAUGUAGAAGACACCAGUAACAGGGAGGCAUGCCAACACAACACAGCCCACCAGAUUCUUAAUGUACAGUAUUUUUGAAAUAUUUUCCUAUACUGUAUCUCACAGUUUUGUGCAAUCAUGAGCACAUGAUGAUAAUCAACAGAUCUGCUUCCCUCCCGUGACGACCUGUGAGUCGUAAGCUAAAGAGAGUUUCACGCAUAUGUUUUUUCUGCAAUAACUGCUGAUGUUGUGUUUCUACAACUGAAAGGGGCUUACCCCUCCCUACUGGUUACCCUUUAUUUAAUGUCCUUCAAAUGCAUGCAGUUCUUCCACUCAGAUUGUACAGAGAUGACCUGUAAAGAUGAUGAAAGAUAGAGAGAGAUUAUAAUAUGAAAUCAAAGUAGUGAGUAUUUGAAUGCAAAUACAAAUCUGUAUUCUUCAAUGUUAAUAGGAUCAUGUCUGGCAUGCAUUGUUAAAUAAAAAAUUAAAUAGAUUGGUA